UCCGUGUCUGUCAAGCUAGCGGUAAACACAAGCAUGCUCAAACUCCAGAAGCGCCUGGCAUCCAGUGUCCUGUGCUGUGGCAAGAAGAAGGUCUGGUUGGACCCCAAUGAAACAAAUGAGAUUGCCAACGCAAACUCACGCCAGCAGAUUCGAAAACUGGUGAAGGAUGGGUUGAUUAUCAGGAAACCAGUGACCGUCCAUUCCCGCGCUCGUUGCCGUAAGAACACCCUCGCUCGCCGAAAGGGACGCCACAUGGGUUAUGGUAAAAGAAAAGGUACAGCCAAUGCUCGUAUGCCUGAAAAGUUGACGUGGAUGCGACGCAUGAGGAUCCUGCGUCGUCUUCUUUGUCGCUACAGGGAGUUGAAGAAAAUCGACAGGCACAUGUACCACAGUUUGUACCUGAAGGCCAAAGGUAACGUUUUUAAAAAUAAGCGCAUCCUGAUGGAGCACAUCCACAAACUGAAGGCUGAUAAGGCUCGCAAGAAGCUUCUAGCGGACCAGGCUGAGGCUCGUCGCACAAAGACGAAGGAGGCCCGUAAACGCAGAGAGGAGCGUCUCCUGGCCAAGAAAGAAGAGUUCACGAAGAACUUGUCAAAGGAAGAGGAAGCAACACAGAAAUAAUUUAAAUUCAUAUAAAAAUCAGGUUCAGUGUUUUGUUGUGAAUAAUACAUUUGAUAAAAGGAGUUA